GGGGCGGGAGCUGGGCGGGGUCAGGCCUGCACCGGGCCAGGCAAGAUGGCGGCCGUGGAGACCGAGUCGGCGCCUCUGACCCUAGAAUCGCUGCCCACCGAUCCCCUGCUCCUCAUCUUAUCCUUCUUGGACUACCGGGACCUAAUCAAUUGUUGCUAUGUCAGUCGAAGACUUAGCCAGCUAUCAAGUCAUGAUCCGCUAUGGAGAAGACAUUGCAAAAAAUACUGGCUGAUAUCUGAGGAAGAAAAAACACAGAAGAAUCAAUGUUGGAAAUCUCUCUUCAUUGAUACUUACUCUGAUGUUGGAAGAUACAUAGACCAUUAUGCUGCUAUUAAAAAGGCCUGGGAUGAUCUCAAGAAAUAUUUGGAGCCCAGAUGUCCUCGGAUGGUUUUAUCUCUGAAAGAGGGUGCUCGAGAGGAAGACCUAGAUGCUGUGGAAGCUCAGAUUGGUUGCAAGCUUCCUGAUGAUUAUCGAUGUUCCUAUCGUAUCCACAAUGGGCAGAAGUUAGUGGUUCCCGGGUUGUUGGGAAGUAUGGCGCUGUCUAAUCACUAUCGUUCUGAGGAUCUGUUAGAUGUCGAUACAGCUGCUGGAGGCUUCCAGCAGAGACAGGGCCUGAAAUACUGUCUCCCUUUAACUUUUUGCAUACAUACUGGUUUGAGUCAGUACAUAGCAGUGGAAGCUGCGGAGGGCCGAAACAAAAAUGAAGUUUUCUACCAAUGUCCAGACCAAAUGGCUCGGAAUCCAGCUGCUAUUGACAUGUUUAUCAUAGGUGCUACUUUUACUGACUGGUUUACUUCUUAUGUCAACAAUGUUGUAUCAGGUGGCUUCCCUAUCAUCAGAGACCAAAUUUUCAGGUAUGUUCAUGAUCCAGAGUGUGUAGCAACAACCGGGGAUAUUACAGUUUCUGUUUCCACAUCGUUUCUGCCAGAACUUAGCUCUGUACAUCCACCUCACUAUUUCUUCACAUAUCGAAUCAGGAUCGAAAUGUCAAAGGAUGCACUUCCUGAGAAGGCUUGUCAGUUGGACAGUCGCUAUUGGAGAAUAACAAAUGCUAAAGGUGAUGUAGAAGAAGUUCAAGGACCUGGAGUAGUUGGUGAAUUUCCAAUCAUCAGCCCUGGUCGGGUAUAUGAAUAUACAAGUUGUACCACAUUCUCUACAACAUCAGGAUAUAUGGAAGGCUAUUAUACUUUCCACUUUCUUUACUUUAAAGACAAGAUCUUUAAUGUCGCCAUUCCCCGAUUCCAUAUGGCAUGUCCGACAUUCAGGGUGUCUAUAGCUCGAUUGGAAAUGGGUCCUGAUGAAUAUGAAGAGAUGGAAGAGGAAGAAGAGCAGGAGGAGGAAGAAGACGACGAUGAUGAUUCGGCAGAUAUGGACGAAUCUGAUGAAGACGACGAGGAGGAGAGGCGGAGGAGAGUCUUCGACGUUCCCAUUCGCAGACGCCGCUGCUCUCGCCUUUUUUAGCAAGCCUCUGCUGAUGGAAGCACUGGAAUGAAUCCAGCCUGUCAAAUAGAUUUCUUAAUGAUGUAAAUAACUAAAUUGUUCUCAGCAUAUAGCAAGAAAACUAGCAUGAAAUAUUGUUCCAGGCCCUGGGUUCUGUGCGACUCUACAUUAGGAAUUGGAUUGUUUGGGUUUACUUUGUGGUUUUGAGGUUGAGGAGGAAAUGGAAAUCUUUUUUUUUUUUUUUUCCUCUUCUAGAAGUCAGUGGGGGAAUAGUUCUCUAGCUAAGGAACACAUUUUUUUGUUUAAAAAUAUUUUAUACUUAUAAAAAUAUGGAACUGGGAGGGAAUUGUUUUGAAUAUGGAUUUAAAAUUUAGCAGAAAUACCUACCCAAGGAUAGUGAGAAACUAUGUGACUGAAUAAUUCUGUAGAAAGACUUCUUGGAGUUGUGAGUUACUUAGAAAUGAACAGAAUUUGUAAUUAGGCUAUUCCAUUUAGUGAUUCCUAUAUAUUUUGUACUCACAGGAAACUAAUUGACUAAAUAGCUUGAAUGCUAGUUGUUUUGUCCUUUCUUAGACAAUCUGUCCUUAAACUUAAAGUUUUCAUCGCUACAACCUUCAAUUUAAAGCCUCAAUCAGUAUGACCUUGACUUUGAAUUUAGUCUUCAACUCUACCAACCUUGAAUUUACUUUCAAGUCUUCAACACCACAACCUUGAAUUUAACUUAAAGUCUUCAUCACUAUGACUUUUAUUGUAUUGUUCACAGAUGCAUCAUUUUUGAAAUGUAGUGUGUAAAAGUAUGUAUUGUGUUGUUUAUUAACAAAGAAUUCUUCACAUUGUCUCGUGUAGUCUAAAUUUGUAAAUACUGCUUGUUUUGUUUCUCCUUUAUACACUUGACUGUCUAACUUUGUGAUAAGUGAUAUGAAUUUUAUGUUAAUAUUAAGUAUGUUUUCCUGAAAUACGGAUUUUUUUGGUAAUUAUAUAAUUGAGAAUUUGGAAUGAAAUCCUCCAAGUGUCAAAAACUCACAUUUUAAAAACAAUUUUUGGUUCUGAUGCUGCA